UAGGAGGUCCUGAGUGACUUUGAACGUCCGCUCAGCCUCGGUGCAGUGACUACUGAGUCCCGAGUUUUGCCGGUUUGUUUUUCUGACCUCCCGGAUUUGAGGCCUCUGCCGCAGCCAUGCUCCGCCACAUCCUCGGUCAGGCCAAGAAACAUCCGAGCUUGAUCCCCCUCUUUAUCUUUAUUGGAGCGGGAGGUACUGGAGCAGCGCUCUAUGUCUUGCGCCUGGCGAUGUUCAAUCCAGAUGUCAGUUGGGACAGAAAGAAUAACCCAGAACCCUGGAACAAACUGGGUCCCAAUGAUCAAUACAAGUUCUUCUCGGUGAAUGUAGAUUACAGCAAACUGAAGAAAGAAGGUCCAGACUUCUAAAUGAAAUGUUUCACUAUAAAGCUGCUUAGAAUGAAGGUCUUCCAGAAGCCAUCCGCACAAUUUUCCACUUAACCAGGAAAUAUUCCCCCUCUAAAUGCACGAAAUCAUGUUGGUGUGUUAUGUUGGGGUUUACACUGAUUAAUAAAUAUCUGAAACUUGA